GAAUAUUUUAUUAAGUUACAUCAUUAAUUUAUUAUUUCAUUUUAUUUAUUUAUCUAACAAGGCCAAAAAAUAUUUUCAGGAAUGGAUACCAAUGCUGAAUUAACGUUCAUUGAUAUAUUGACGUUUAUAACAGAUGAACUUCUGCAAGCAUACCGAUGCAGUAAUGGAGAAUUAGAAAAAGUUAAGGCAUUUACCGACUAUCUUGAACGCUGGAAAGACGACAUCUCCAUUGCAAAACUCAAGGCUGUCAAUGUUCAGUUUGAGUCUGAUUUGGAUUGGUUUAAUGUUUGUCGUCCAUUAUCGUUGAAGGAACUACACGGAAAAGUUAUUGUUCUAGACUUUUUUACAUAUUGUUGCAUUAAUUGUAUGCAUGUUUUGCCUGAGCUGCACAAUCUGGAAGAUAAGUUUCCCAUAGAAAGUGGGCUUUUAGUAAUAGGUGUUCACAGUCCAAAGUUUGAAAAUGAAAAAGUUACGGCAAACCUUCUGUCCGCUGUUGAACGAUAUGGAAUCACACAUCCCAUUGUUAACGAUUCUCGGUGUACAAUGUGGCGUGCUCUUGGCAUACGCUGCUGGCCAUCCUUGUUGGUUUUAAGCCCGACAGGCAUACCCAUGCUAUUAUUAAUGGGCGAGGGGCAUGCAAAUUUUCUAGAGGAAUUCGUUGGUGCUGCGUUAUCAUUUUUCAAACGUCUUGGGAAAAUCGACAACUGCAGCUUACCCAUUAAAUUAACCAGUAACUGUCAGCCGGCGUCAAACUUACUUUUUCCUGCAAAGAUUGCCAGAAGCCCACUGGGACGGUAUGCGAUCGCUGAUACUGGGAACAACCGGGUUCUGGUCGUGUCCAGCAGGGGCUUGGUACAACACAAGAUUGGAGGACACCAGCCGGGUUUUGUUGACGGUAUUUUAACGGCAGCGCGGUUUAACAACCCUCAAGGACUAGUGUUCAUUGAUGAAAAUGCUUUGAUAGUUGCGGACACCAAAAAUCACGCCCUCCGUAAGAUCUCCUUAACCAGUGGAAUGGUGGAAACUCUUGCUGGAACUGGCCUUCAAGGAAACGAUCGGAUUGGGGGUCGUCUAGGCCAUUUGCAGCCUCUAUCAUCGCCUUGGGAUGUUGCUAUAUUUCGAACGCGCGACAUGGACAUGUCUUUUCAUCUUGAUGAACGUAACGUGCCUGAAAAAACAAUUGUGCUUAUAUCUAUGGCUGGCACCCAUCAGAUUUGGGGCUAUUUUCCAGAAGGCAUUAUUUGGUGGAAAUUCCGAAAAUUUGAGCCUCUGUGCUGUGUCUCAUUGAUUGGAAAUGGUUUGGAGGAAAACCGUAAUAAUUCUUACCCACAGAAUGCUGCAUUCGCACAACCAUCAGGUUUGGCCAUGGCAAAAGACGUUUUGUACAUAGCCGACAGCGAAAGCUCUAGUAUACGUAAAGCUUCUAUGAUAGACGGAAAGGUUAUGCCUGUAGUUGGAGGGGAUCGUAACCCACUGAACUUAUUUGCGUUUGGCGACAUUGAUGGAAAACUUUUCAACGCAAAACUUCAGCACCCUUUAGGAUUAACUUACAAUGAUACCAAUAACAGGCUCUAUGUGGCUGACACUUAUAAUCAUAAGAUCAAAGUUAUUGACACCCUUUCAAACAAUGUUACCACUUUACAAAUCAAGGGUCAAGAUGGUUCCCUGUUAAAUUUUAAUGAGCCGGCCGGACUGUGCUUGGACGCCGACGGGCAAAAUUUGUUGGUGGCUGAUACCAACAACCACUCAAUACUAUUAAUAGAUCUUGUAACGCUAAGAUCUCAAUCAUUUUCUUUAGAUUUUAGUCAAAUUGCGUCGACUAGUGAAACUGAUGCGCCGCAAUGUUUAUUAAAAAACCUUGGGAAUCAAUUAGUUAGGACUUUGCCACUGCAUUUUCUUAAAACGAGCUCUAUUAAUUUUAGACUUCGCCUUUCGCCGGAGCUUAAUUUUACUAAAGAAGCUUCUCAGAAGUGGAUACUAAAAACAGUCGGCCAAUUCGUAAAGGUUAAUCCAUCUUCUGGAACUCUAAUUAAUGGAAUGUGUAAUUUGGAGGUUCAGAAUGUGCAAAGUGAUUAUUUGAGUGAACACAGUGAAAUAUUUACAAUUGAAUUUAUAUUGAAUUUAUGUAACUCAAAUUGUUGUCUUAUAAAGCGAAUUUAUGUUUCUAUAAUAAGUGCUAAAACUAUUGAAGAUUAUAUACCUAUACACGAUGUAGAUAUUCAAAUUGACUAGUAAACAUACAUAGAUUAAAUAUUAA